AUGCCGACGCUCGCCCCACCUCCCACGCCUCUUAUCCGGCAGACGGCGCCGACAGACUCGUCCGGUCAGCUGAGUGAAUCGCUGCUGGACAGCGGCUCUGAAAGCAACUACGACGACCUGCUUGGCACCUCCGACGUGGACUCUGCUUCCGUUGCUGGUGCAAGUGUCGGUGCGCUUGCCAGGCGCCAAAAGCCGGCGCCGCCAAUCACCAUUGGCGUAGCGAGGCAUCAUUUUCCGGCAAGAUAUGCGACCCAGCAGCAACAGAAACUAUCGCACUUUACGAGCGUGACGAAAAGUGUGUCCAAAUCUGCCGCGAAAGCCAAGCUGGUGCAUGUUUCAUCGGCCGAGGAGAUCAAGAUACGCCGCGGGCCCGCGAGUAUCGUCCCCAUCGACGCGGAGAGUUUGGCCACCUACGGUCCCGGAGUCCCGGGUAGCGGGAAGAAGACGAAGGGCGUCAAUGGGAGCAGCAGUAUCGGCAGCAGCUCCAGCUCUCUAAAGAAGGAGUUUGCUCGCAAUGUUUCUUCGCAUGCUAAUGCGGAUGCUGAUGCAGACGGUAGAGAGGGCCGAUUCACGCUUCAGCCAUCUCCUCCCCUUUCCAACAUCCAAAGCAAGGAUUGCACCUCGUCAAAAACCUCAUUUUCCGCAACCACAGCAGCAUCAGUCGGAGCUUCCUCCCUAACCUCCAACCACGCCUCGCACCCUUCAGAGCCCACCGCAUCUAGCUUGGCUGGUACAGGCCUUUCGUCUUCCGCGCGACUCUCUCCAUCUUCUACCUCCACCAGCGUGUCAUCGUACUCGAACGAGCACGCGCGGCCAUCCACCCCAUCUGCAGCAACAGCAGUAGAAUCCAGCAGUGAAAACGGCGCUGCUGUCAAUUGCGCGUUCAGCCUCUCGCCGUCGCGUGCGAGCAAUGCUGCACGUCAACGAUCCAAUUCACGCCCUAAUGUCGUUCCAGCUGUUCUAGCUGCUACUGCUGCCACCGCUGCAGCAGCAGCGCCUGGUGUGCCGCCCGACCACGGCAUUUCCAUUUCUUCCGCCGCGUCACGCUCGCGGCGGCCCUCCCCCUCAGCAUCUGGAUGCGCCGACGAGGAAGCAGGCGGGAGUGGCGCGCACCACUGGGGCGUCUGGGGACAAAACAUUGUCGUGGCGAAUGAGGUGGACGAUCAUGGGUUGCAGCUACAGAUGGAGAUGCAGAUGCAGUUCCCCGCCACCCUGUCCUUGCCCGCAUCGCCGGGUCGAGAUCGAGAUGCGAGCCAGGGUUGGCAGCCCAAGGGAGGAGGAGGAGGCAUGCCGCCGGGAGGACUGCUGCCGAGUAACGCGAUCAAGCUGGUCGAGGAAGACAACCUCAGUCUUCCGCCCCUCGGAGGAGGCAAAAAGGGCGGGUUUGCCGCAUUCAGCUUUCUGAAACAGCAAGCAGUCGCGCAGAGCCAAUUAGGGUUCUCCUCAUCUUCGUCCGUCAUCGGUGGGAGUGGUGUCGGCGGCGGUGACGUCAGCGGCAACAAGCCUGCUACGACGACGAAUCGCUUCGGCUUUCGGCGCUUGGUAGGCGCGGACGAGAUGCUGAACCGGCUGCUGGUCGAGCAGGCGCGUGUCGACAGCGAGCACUUCCCUGUUAUGACGCUCGAAGAGGUGCAGGACUCGCGCCGCGAUCUGGAGCGCCUCGAGAAGCGCAUUGCAGAGACCAAGCGCAAGCUCUGCGUUGAGGCGCGCAUCCGCGACGCCGCCAUCGCACUGCGCAAGAGCCAUCGCCGUGCGCCAAGCCAGAGCGCUGUGAACACUGCUGGUGCCAAUACCAAUGGGAAAGCAGAGCAACCACAAGACUCCAUACUCACGUCCUCUCCACCCAGCGCGUACUCCACCAUGUCCAACAGCAACAGUCCCACCAAAGCGCCAGCAGUGCGGGGCGGGGCGGCAAGCGCUUCUCAGCAGCAGUCGCCCGCCGAGCGCGAAAAGAUGGAGGAAAAGAUUGCCACAGCGACAGGACGUGUGGAGAGCAUUGCGCAGACGCUCAUGACCCUCUCUGAACGUGCAACGGCGAUACGCCGCGCGCUGCUCGAGCACCACACGGCCGUACUGUCACAGCGCCUGGACCACCUUGAAGAGGAGCAGGAGAGUACGCUCGUCGACAGCGACGGCGCCAGUCUGGCAGGCGGGGAGAAUGCCGCGGCCAUUGGCGCAGUCGCAGUCGCCGCUGCUGCUGCCACGAGUGCAAGCACGAGCAUGCCGCGACAGGAACAGGGGCACCCGCGCGCUGCUACUCCUGCGCCCUUGCAAUUGCAUCCGCAAAGAGCGUCACUGGACCUGGCGCUGCGCGUGGCUAAAGAGCGUGCGGAGGCGAUCGAGCAGGAACUAGAGCAGGAGAAGCAGAGGUCCACGCGGCUGCAGCUGCAGCUGGAUGAGGGAGCUGCAGCGAAUAAGAACCGCAGCAGCAAGCAGCUGGAGGAGGUGGAGAAGCUGAAGGCAGAGCUCCAGCAGGCUCGCCAGACGAGUGAGAGCUUACAGAAAGAGCUCGACCAGGCGCGCCUGCUUGUCGAACUGCAUCGAAGCAAUCUUGAAGCUAGGGAUACCAGUGAAAGACAGGCGAAGAGCGAAGCUACAGCCUUGCAGCACCAAGUCGAGGCGCUCAAGCAACAACGACAGCAGCAGCAGCAGACUCGCGAGCGAUCGGCUUCCACAGUAGCCGACAGCUCCGCUGAGGUCAAGUCACUCCUGGAACAGCUCGCGAAGCUAAAAACAGAUCUCACUGCAGCAGUGCGCGACAAAGCAGGACUCAGCGCUCGCAUCGAUUCUGCAGACCGAUCUGCCGCCGAAGCGGAGACACGCGCAUUCAAAGCGGAGGCUUCCGCGGACGUGCACCGCAACGAAGCGGAGGAGGCGAGCAGGACGCUCAAGCACGAACGCUCCCGCAUCGAGGACACGCUGCGUGCGCUGCAAAAGGAGCAGCUGCGCGCCGACACGGCGGAGCACACGCUGGACGAGCUGAGGCGCACGCACGAGGACAUGUCCUGCUUGCAUGCUGACCUGCGCCGUGAGGCGCUCGCACAUCAGGCCACCAUUGCGAGCUUGCGCGAGCGUGCAGAAAGUGCAGAGCAUUCGCUCGCUGCGUCUGAGCAGCAGCGAAGCAUGGGCAUCGGCAAGGAGCGCGAGCUGCUCGAUGUGCAGGAGGCCCUGCGUAAAGCGGAGCGGUUGGCCACAGCGCAGGUCGAAGGGCUCAAGGGAGAGCAGAGGGCGCAUGAGGUCACCAAGAACUUGCUCUUGGAGCACAUCGAGCUCGGGAAGGUGCACCUCUCCAGGGCUGAGAUCGCAGAGAGGGAUCACGCUGCUGCAGAAGACAGGGCCAGCAAUGCUGAGCACGAGGCUGUGAUGCAUGCCAAGAGCGCGGAAGACCGCACAGUCAAGCUUAAAGCUGAGACAAAACGAGCAAACGAGAGCGAACAGCAGCUUCGUCAGCUUGAACUCGCCGUCACUGCUGAGCGCCGCCUCAUGGCCGAGCGCGAGAGCCUCUUUCAUGCCUUUGAGCGACGUCUCGAAAGCGCCGAGGCCCGUCUGCGCGAGGAAGAUAAGCGGUGUGCAAAGCUGCUAGGCAAGUUGGACGGCCGCGAGGAGAUGGACAAUCUGCUUGAGCAAAUCAAGAUGGGCGCGGUGGGUAGGAAAGAGCGUAGCACUGCCGGUCAGAAUAUCGACAGCCUCAUCACAUCUGUCUCCGAGCACAUCACUGACCUCGUCGAUGAGCUCAGAAGGCUUGGCGGGGCCGAGGCCGACGAAGAUGAGUCUGGUGUCGUCACGCGCUUGCGUGCGCGUACCGACAUGCAUAACGCAGAUAUGGAACGCAAAGUACAAGAUCUACUUGCCGCUGCGCGCGAGUCGCAACGACUCAUCGACGAGCGCGAAGCCACUGCUGCAGCAGCUCAGAAGGAGGUGACCACGCUCCAAGGUCGCACUGCUGACCUCGAGACCAAACACAUUUCGUUGGAGGCAGAGCUCGAGAGUUUGCGUAAGAAACUAUCAGAGCAUGUCAUCAUAGCCGAAAGUCUGAACACUGCCCAAUCAGAGGCUCAAUGUACCUCUGCGUCCUCUGCAGAUGCUGACGAGCUGCGGGCUGAGAUCGCCAAGCUCGAGCUAACCAACAAGGAGCUUUCGGCAAAGGAAAGGUCACUUCUUGACCAAAUUGAUCAUCUGCAAGAAGAUCUCACUGCAUCCAAAGCAUUCAUUUCGGAUCUCCACAAGCGUCAGAGUGAAUCAUCAGCUUCACCCCGGAAGUUUACUUCGAACAACGCCAAGGCACUCGAAGAAAUGGCAGCGAAGCUUGCUGCCUCCCAAACUGAGGCAGAUGCAGCCCAAGACGCGAUUGCCCUCCUCAAGGGAGAGGUGGCAGCGCUGAAAGCCCAUACCGAAAGGCUCGCUGGCGAGAGGGAGGAGUCACAGCGCAUUUUGGAGGCAGCUCGGGAGGAAGUGUCGUUGGCAAAGGGCGCUGGCACUCCUGAAUUGGCAGCGCAGAAGUACAUCCUGGAGCUUCGCACGCGCUGCUCGCAGCUGACGACGGACUUCGCAAAUGCGCAAGUCGCCCUUGACGCCGCGAAGCAGGAGCUUGCGCACGAGCGGGCACAGCAAAGAAACAUCGCUCGUGAGGAAUCCCGUGCAAAGCCGGCCGCUGGCCCCUCAAGUCCUGUUGAAGCGCCAAAUGGAGAGUCACUACAGACGCUCGCGACUCUCUUCCCCAGCGCAGUCCUACAAGGUGAGGUGCAGAACAUUGACUCUCCCCUCAAACCGGCAGCAUCCAAUCGCUCUGCGACCACGGCAACUCCCAAACCGGCAGGCCUCAAGCAGAUCGGCAACCUCGCCAAGCUACGAGCGCAAUUCGAGCAGCCUGCCAGUAGUUUAAGUGCCAUUUCCACUUCGCCAGUGAAAAGCCGAAACGCGUCGGGAGCAUUUUCGGCCUCGGCAUCGUCGCCCUCCGUAGAGCCAUCGAUCACGCUUGAUUGGGCAAAAGUAGCAGAUGAAAUCAUCUCGCUGCGGGCAGUUGUGGACGAAUUGAAGCUGAAGUCCGGGGACUGGGAUGAUGAAAAGCAAAGACUAUUAGCACAGCUCGCUGCUAUGAAGGAUGCUCACGCCUCCGCUCAGGACCUGCUUGAAGAAGCACAAAAGACGCAUGAACUCGAGCUUGCAUCAAGCUCAGCAAGGGUUCAAGCAUUGGAAAAUAAGACCUUGGACUUGCAACAGCAGCUCGCCGCUGCCAACGAUGCAAUCUCUCACCAGGACGUCUCAGCAGCUGAGCCGAAAGCCACCGAACUCCCGAGUGUGCAGGAAGCGCGGGAAAAAUUGGAAGCGGAACUGGCGUCAAUGACGGAAGCCUACCAAUUGGCGCAGGGCCCACUCGCCGAGGCGAAGAAAACGCGUGAUUUCGGGUCCACAAGUGUUAGCCGUCUAGAACUAGAUGAGAGGAUCCGAGAUUUGGAAAAGCAGGUCGCCGAUGCCGUGAGCAUUAACGUCCUUCAGCAAGGUUCGGAUGCCAAGGUGGCGACCACCCUUAAUGUACUUCCGUCGCCGUCUCGAGGAAAUUCUCCUCGAGUGUCGCCGAUGCGCAAGUCAUUCAAGUUGCAGGCAGUCCCAGGAACAGCAAAGAGUGGUAUGGCCCAGACCAUCACGAUUCCAACCGAAGUCCCUUCUCCCGUAGGAGGCGUCAGUCCAGCGUUGCCUGCGAAGGCACUUCCUCAUGCGCCAGUCUCGCAGCCCAGACCGCUGCGCACCAUGACGCUCGGCAUGGACUCGAAGCAGCUCGCACAGCUCGUGCGCGAUCUCGAAGAUGAAGUGCUCCGCCUGAGUGCUGCUAGGCCGACCAUGGACACUUCUCCGUCGGAACUGAUCGCAGAGCUUGAGGAGGCACUCGAAGAGGCCAAGGAUGAGCUGCUUGCGGCGCGCGAAGAACUCGAUGAACUCAAGAUGGUACAGACUAAGCAGAGGAUUCAAUUGCUUGACGAGAUGAACACUCUUCAGGAGGAACUUGCAUGCGUCCGUGCAAAGCUCAGACUUGAGCAGCGUCGCCGUAUGCGCGAUCCUUUCGGAACAUCCCCCAUCUCAUCGAAUGCGACCCUCGCUCCAUGA